AUGCCCAGCGCUGCUUGGAAGUCCUCAUUCCGCUCUCCAUCCCCCGACACCGACUCCGAGGACUGCCUCCCCUCCCAAUUUGCCGCUAGUACUCAUGCCGACCUCGCUUAUGAUUUGGACCUCAGCUUGCGACAAGAUCAUGCCGAGCUCAAAUCUACGCCUUUUACUAUUGCGAAGCAAAAGUCGGCCAGGAAGGGCGGGAGGAAGAUAUCUAAUUUGGUCACGGCUGAGGAUAGGAGGAACGGCGUAACAUCGUCCCCGUCAAAAUCAUCUACUACCAAAUCAUCAAACUCCAGACCUGUACUGAACAACCAAACUCUACCCUUCCAGCCCCAACCCAGGAAACCCGGCCCCAAACCAGCCAAAAAGGAUUUCGUCCAACAACCUCUCCACGAUACCCCUCCCAAACCCAAGAACCGCAAGAAACCCGGCCCCUCGGCUGCUUGGGUUGACAAGGACGGGAACGCGCUACCAGAGGAUCCGCCGGCGAGACUCUCGAUUUUGGAGGUAUUGGAGGAGAAGGAGAAGGAAGAAGAAAAGAAGGUGAAGAAGCGGGAGGCUGCGAGGGAAAAGAGAAAGAGGACUGUGGAGGCGAAGAAGAGGGAGAAGGAGGGGAAUGAUAAGAUACAGUUUCACAUGCUUCCCAAGGGAGCUGCCACCAACGAGAGCUUUCCUAUUGUCAGAGCUCUUCAGAAGCAACAGUCUCUCCCCAGCAGGACCAGGCCCCUCGCCGCAACGAGCAUUCGGCUCAACGAGGGCGAAGUCACCCGCUCACCCGAGCCCGAGAACCUUGUUGACGCUACCGAGAUUGAUGACCUGGUAUACGGUCCGAAGGGGGCAAGAGGAGGCACUACUGUUGAAGACGCUAUAGAAAUUGCGUCAACCCCCACCUUGAAUCGAAAAGCAGAGUGGUCCGAGUCCAUCAGGACAACUCCGACAUUGGUGGGCUCUGAUAGCAGAAGCGCCCAGCGACAUCAUGAUCUUCCUUUCGCCAAGACAACACAUCGCGUUACUCCCAGCUCACGAAGCACUUUCAAACCACCUUUCAAGAAGCCUUUCGUCGAUCAUGUCUCCCCUCAGAAUGGUCACAUCGACCCCCACUCAAGCAGCGAACCUCAUCUUUCGACCAUCAAUCAGGUCCCAUCGUCGCUCAGCCGGGGUGGCGAGACGAUGACUUCUGGGGUCAGCAAGCUAGCUUAUAGCUCUCCUCUUACUGGGCGGGGUAGAGCUGGCGAUUCGGUGGCGCACGUCAGGGCUAUGGCGCGUGCAAGUGAUACAAAAGGACGUAAGGUGUUUGAAGAGGAUGACGUUUACGUGAAAGAGGAAGAGGAUGAAUACAGAUCUGCGGACGUGUUGAGACUGGAGAGAGCCGCUGAAGACUUCCACAUACCCCCAGCCUAUCAAUCCGCUUUACCGCCAAACAUCGCUCGUCCCGUUGCCAGACGUUUCCAACCGCCCAUCCCCGUUGUGUCAAAGUCGACUCUCAAUCAAGACAGGAACAGCCCACCUCCUAUCCGCUCUUCCACUCCUGAAUGGUCCACUUUGCCUGCCAAACGACGCCGCGACUCUUCCUUCAAUUCACCCAAUAAGAAUGCUCGACAGCCUGUUGUAGCAGGCCGUUUCCGGAUGCCAGCCUCUCUCUUCCCUACACCCAAACGGACCGCCCCCUCGUCACCUUCUCCCGAGCCGGCGAUCAACAGCCCUCCGAGGAAAUACUCCAAACUCACCCUGUUCACCCCUUCUUCCAAGGAAGACGACGCCCUUCGCCCGGAGAGACCGGCGUACACUGUUAGGACUAUCAGAGGAAGCAAGUUUGCCUCGUCGGCGGAGCGGAACGAUUCGUAUCCUGGAGCAGGAGUCAAGGGGAGGUUGACUUUGCCUCCCAGGAAGACUGGGUCGUCCACGACCUUGGGAAGGCGGGAGCCUGAGCGUGACUACUCCCCUGCGGACCAACGAGCAGGACAGUCCAGAUAUGAUCCCUUUCAGAGUCAGUAUCGACGCUACGACACUACCGGCGAAGAGGAAGGGGAUGAGGAUGAUUGGACUUCUGCUUGGAGGGGAAAGGAGAGCGCGAAUGUGGGUGCCAUGGGAGGAAGGGAUUGGGUGGAUGAGGACGAGCUGGAGGCUGCAGAGAAGUAUGUGUUUCAGAGACGAAACGGAUACGAUUAUUGA